AUGGUACACUGGGUAUCAUUAUCCACUGCGACGAUGGACUGCACUGUAUAUGGUUUCUAUAUGCAAGCGCGACUGCAAUUGCAAAUGUUAAGGCAUAAUUUAAUGCAUAUAGCGGAUUUAGAAGACGAGGACAGUAAUGAAAAUAAUGAGAAAAUUGAAGUGAAAUUGUACAGAGAUUUAGAAAAUAUGAGAUUUAAUGAUCUGUUCCACGCAAGAUUAGUGAGGUGUGUAAAACGUCAUCAACUGAUUGUAUGGCUCGUCGAUGUAGUUGAAUCCACAUUUAGAUCAUCAAUGAUUCUGCAAUUUUUAGUCAUGGCCUGGGUCAUCUGUAUGACUCUUUAUAAAAUAGUUAGCCUGGAUUUUCUAUCAGCUGAGUUUAUGACAAUGAUCGCCUAUAUGAACUGCGUAUUGGUGCAACUGUUUCUCAUUUGCUACUUUGGAACACAACUUAAAGAUGAGAGUGAGUUCGUGAACCAAUCAAUCUACGAGUCAGAUUGGCCGGCGGUGUCGCCGCGGCUGCGUCGGUCGCUGCUCAUCAUGAUGGAGCGCUGCUACCGGCCUAUAGAGCCUUGCGUUGCCUACAUCGUGCCCAUGUCACUAGACAUAUUUAUUUCUGUCGUGAAGUUUUCUUAUUCUUUGUACACAUUUCUGGAUCUGAAGUAA